AAGAGGCCAGGUAGACUUCAGGAGAACAGCUCGAGAGAUCUGCAGGACACUUCUUUCAGUGGCCACAAGUAGCUGCUGUCUGAUGAAGCUGUGGCCAUGGCUGCUUUUGGCCCUGUGUGAGGGCGCAGUGCGGAAGCCGCGGAAGCUGAACGUACCCAACAUCUCCUUCAUCCAAGCUCCAAUCCCGAUGGCUUGCUUCAGUGUUUGCCCCCAGUUGAUGAACAUGGGAGUGCCUGCUUCCCUGGCUAAUGCUGACACAUGAACUUGCAGUUGCUUCGCACUGACAUCUCAAGUCUCCCACAGAUCGGAGACACGGUCAGCUCCUAUGUCUCCAACGUGACCACCUCGAUGUGCACUUACAGGGACGUCAAGGAUUGUAUCAUGAUGAACCCGUUGGAGUGUGGUGGCGAUGCGCAGACUCGCCGGCUAGAGAUACCGUCCACAUCUGUGCGACAGAAGAAGUUGCCGGUUUGGAAGCUCUUCCAGGAGGGCGGCCGUCCCUGGAAGGGCGUCAUGAAAGAGCGCGUCAAGAAGGCCAAAGCUGCCAAGCGUCAGCUGGGGGGCAACUAUGGCGACUAUGGCGACUAUGGCUAUGGUGAUGAGAACGGCACGACGACCUUGUACACCGCCACGACCUCCUUCGCUGGUGACGGGUGCGACGAGAUGACCUUGGAGCGAACUUGCAAUGCCAGCUACAACGCCAUGAUGGACUACUACAACGGCCUACAGGUGUCCCGCAUCUUUGAUUUGACUGCGGAACAGCUUCCAUCCUUGUGUGGUAUGCUGACCGAAUUGGACACCUGUGUGCAUAGCAUUCCGGGCUGCUGCUACGUCAUGGACGCUCCUCCAGAUGAUUACCGGGGCGGCCACUACAAUGCGUUGGACCUACCGGGCCUGAAGUUGUACUGCAACGUGUGGUCCAAUGACCCCAAGGUGGAGUACAUGUGCCAGGGGCCGCCCGGCACGCCUGUCUGCGACCUGGACACAUACAAGCCGGAUUGUUUUGCGCAAGUGAUGACCUAUUCACAGAUGAUUCAGGAUUACGGCGGUUGGGACUCCAGCAACAACGCUCCCUUUUUCACACAGGAACAGGGACGCGAGAUCUGUUUGUCCGGUUUGGAGAUCGACAAAUGCCUGACCGCAAGUCACUGCGGUUGUUCCUCUGCCCAGUGGGUGGUCCCUGCUUCGAUUCAUUUCAUUGUGCAAUACUGCCCUGAAACCUUUGGAACUAUGUGGGAAUACUGUAAUGACGGUGAUGGCAGCAGUGGCGGUGAUGGCGGCAGCGGCGGUUAUGGCGGCAGUGGCGGUUAUGGCGGCAGUGGCGGUUAUGGCGGCAGUGGCGGUUAUGGCGGCAGUGGCGGUUAUGGCGGUGAUGGCGGAGACAUGUAUGGCGACUGUCAAGUGGGCAUGCUAAUGAUGUGCAAUGACACUGUAGGAGCACAGAUGAUGAACAGCUUGUACCAGACAGACAACAUGACCGCACUCUGUGAGGGAUACCAGACGGUCACCAAGACGUGUCUGAUUGACACCAUGUGCUGUGGUGCCUUCGGGUGGGAACGAGGUUCCGACUCGGAGUUCGAGUUCUUUGAAAUGCAGACCAUGUGCAGAGACUAUGGAUUCGAGCUGGCCCCCUGCAUCCGAGAUGAAUCCACCACCUACUCAACCAGCCUGCCACCUGGGGAGGUCUAUCGUCCAGAGGAAUAUGUCUCCAUCGAGUGCGAGCGCUGUCGAGUCUCUUCUUGGACCUCGACGCAUCGGUGCUUCUCCUUCCGUGAGUCCCUCCAGUCCUGUUCGCAUGAAGCGAAGAAGACCUUGGCCUUUGGCUUCACCCUGGAAGACAUGGACCCCAACUGCAUGGACGGCACAGGUCACACCACAGGCUGCACCAUCUACACCGAUGAGUCCGUCAUCUUCAAACAGGGUGAGUGUGAUCGUUUCGCCCUAGCGAAGGAAAGCUGCACGGACUACACGGAAUCAGGCGCUUUCUACAUGAAGUACAGUUUCAUCCCCUUCAUCCUGCCGAGCAUCGGGGGCACCAUCCCGACCGAGAUUCUCACCGAGUGGGGUCAGUGGACGGAGAUCUAUCAGCCUCUGACUCCUUAUUGGAUGGCCAGCUCCGUGGACUGCGCCUGCGCUUGCCCUGGUGCUGUGAAGACUAUCGUGGAUUACAUGGUGCGACCCGGCAUCUUGAUGGUGAUGAAUGCAGAUCCAAUGCACCCAGCCUUGCAGGAGGAGAUGACCUUCCAGGUCAUGUCUGCUGCUUGCCCACUCAUCCAUGCAGAAAGUUGCUUCGCCCAGAACGCCGCGAAUUGUUCGCACAUCACCACCUGGUUGGAGGGUGUGAAGCAGCUCUCCAUCAUGACGGACUUCGCCUCUGUCACCGAAGCCGACUGCACGGCCGGCGGCCAUCCCACGGAUGGGACCAAAUAUAACCUCACCUGCGCAGAGGGAACCAAACGCUGUCGCACAGCGUACAUGCCCUUCUGUGAAAGCGACACCAUGAAAUGCAACCAAGGAAGCUGCGAGUCCAUGCAGACCGAGUGUCUCACGGUGGACACCGACCUCUUCAGCCAGCCCACCGUCGGCUCAGCUGACCGCACUUGCGAGCCUGAAGAGCAGGGCUGUCCCUGCAAAGGGGACGAGGUGAAGUGCACGGGCUCCGGCGUCGCCUACUGUGCCAAGGCAGAUUCAGGUGGGAUGCCACCAUGCGAUGCACCCUGCAUUUACGACCACGCCUGGAAACCGUGCUUGCCCAGCCAGUAUCACGACGCAGCAAUGAAUGGCACCUUGGACUUCAGCGAUGUGACCCUGUGCACCGAUCUUCUGGGCUUUACCAAGUGCGUUGCAGAGUACAAGUGCUGUGGUGUUCUGUAUGGCCAGCGCCCCAGUGCCGUGUGUAGUCAGAUGACUGAGCACAUGGGGCGGUCUUUGACAUCUGAAUGGCCCAGAAGCAGCCGUGUUCCACUUUGGGAUGGUGUUUUGGGCUCCCAGAGUCAAGCCUGUCGAUAUGAAAGGCGAACAAGGUCGCCCCAGGCUGGCACAGUGCGCAGAGACCUUGGGAAUGGUCCCUUCGGCCUGGGUAACGCACGCGUGCGAAUAGCGGGAGACCCGGCCUUGGCCGAGAAGAGCGGCAUGGAUCUGUUGGGGAGAUGGACCCGUGCGGAGGAUAGAACAGUGACACAUCCCACGGAAUUGGUGACACAUCGCAGGUGGCCCUACGUGGCCUUGGCCUUCGGUUUGGAAUCGCCACGUGGCACCACAGCUUCGCCAGGAAUUGAGUGGUUUGCACAUGAAUUUCAGCUGACAGACCUGCUGGGGUUUCACAAGCACAUGGCUGGUGCUGGCUUUCAGAAGGAGUCUUGCCGCACCAACGUCUACGACUCCAAUGGUGAAUGGAACGAAGCAGCCACCAUGGCAGCGAAAGAGUUCUGCGUCCCAGAGUACGAAGGAUGCCCUUGCAACUCCGAAUUUGAGGAAAUGUGUGACAGCCAAGGAUUCAAGUUCUGCGAGAGCAAGAAGCUGGGUUGUCCCAGCCUCUUCAACGUGGAAUGCGAUGAAACCGUCGAGUUGCUUUGCAAGGAUGAGUUCUCGGCCUACUGUUGGGACAAAGAGUGGGGCAACUGCCCUCUCUUCUGCAACAGCACCCAGAUCUACUGCUACAGCCAGGCCUAUGAUGCAACGACUGGCGAACCGGACUGGAACCAGCAGGGCAAUGAGUUCUGCGCGCCUGCUGCCACCGGCUGCCCCUGCGAUGCCACGUACGAGAACAAAUGCACUGACGAGUUUGGCAGCAGCUGGUGUCAGGCCAAGGUGGUGAACUGCCCACUGACCUGCACGGAGGAGGAGCAGGCCUGCUACCGGCCGGCCUACGGCUCGGAUGGUUAUGAAGAUUGGUCUCAGCCCUACGUCGAGACCUGUGCAAGCAUCGAUGCGCAUUGCCCGUGCGAUCCGGUGCACGAAGAGCUUUGCCACGACUUGUACGGCAGCUGGUGUCAAGCAAAAGUUUAUGGAAGCUGCCCCUUGCACUGCUCUGCGACACAGAUGAUGUGCUGGAUCACUCCAUACACUGACAUGGGUGAGAUCGACUACCAAGCCGAUUGGAGCGCCUGGCAAGAGACCUGCGCUGAAGUCGCCGAUGGCUGCCCCUGCAACUCACAGUGGGAACGAAGCUGUACCAGCGGAACCUACAAGUACUGCGUCCCAAUCUCCGAGAGUUGCCCAGUGGAUUGCGGCGACAAGGGUUAUUGCUGGCAUUGGUCUGGCAACGAAACCUGCGAGACGGACACGGGAUGUGUGUGCGAGUCCAACGAGCUCUCGUGCCCGAAUCCGGACACCGGCCUCUCGGAGUGUUUGCCCAAGGACUUCUAUACAGAGUGCCCAUUGAUGUGCAGCGAGACGCAAGGCAUUUGUAGCACCAUCAGCUUCGACACCAGUGGAUUCCCGAUCUAUGCCGACUACUGCCACACCGGAGAAUGCCCAGUGCAGUGUGAUUCAGCGACUGGAAAGAGGUGUGGUAUCUCCGAGACGGAGAGCGACUGCGUCUUCAAGGACUUCUCCUGCCCAGUGGUGUGCACCGAUGCGCAGCAGUACUGCUGGGUGGAGAACUACGACAGCUCGGGCAUGUGGACGGGCUCCUCUGAGCAGUGCGUGAACGCUGGUGAGACGUGCCCGUGCGGCACAGGCGCCAAGAAGUGCAGCUUUGGUGAGGACGGUUGGUGCCAACCAUCCAGCGAACCCUGCCCGGUCUACUGCGAUCCGGUGAACGAGAAGACCUGCUGGCCGAUGGCCUUCACAGUCAGUGGUGAGCCAGACUAUGGGGCCACCAUCCAGGAGGUGUGCGUGAACGCCAGCAAGCCUUGCCCUUGUGGCGCCAAUGCCAAGAUGUGCCGAUGGGUGGAUGAAUAUGGGCAGUCAGAGGAGUUCUGCGAGCCGUUGACCAUGACCUGCCCCUUAACCUGCAAGGCCGACGAGCGGAUUUGCUACCUGCAGGACUACGACCCUGCUGGCGUGCCUUUGAAGGAACGACAGGCAUGCGAGAAGCGGUCCACUCCCUGCAAAUGUGGCCUCCGUGCUCAACGCUGCCAUGAUCCUCAGACGGAUGAGUACUUCUGCUAUCCGCUCCGAGAUAUGUUCACCAACACUUCCAUGCAGUGCCCGGUAUUCUGCAAAGCGGAUGAAGAGUAUUGCUAUGUGGACAGUUACAGCGCCAGUGGGCGAUGGCUCAGCGUCACGGAGAGCUGUGUGAAGAAAGGACAGCCAUGCGAUUGCUCUCAGGGGCAGAACGCCAGAUCCUGCAACUUCACCGAUGGCUUUGGGAACUACUGGCAGGAAUGCAUUGCACUGAAGGGAGGCUGGUGCCCACCCACCUGCGCCAGCGGACAAAUCACAUGUCCCGAGGUGGAGAAUUUCAUGCCCAACGGCACCUCCACAGGCUGGUCGGCUCCGCCCAAGUCCUGCGCCGCCAACUACGAUGCCUGCGGCUGCGGCCGAGAGGCAAAGAACUGUGGCGGCUGGGUCGGCUGCGUCUUCAAGGAUGAGCUUUGCCCAGUGACCUGCAGCGACACCCAACACAAGUGUUGGCUGAAUGACUUUGACACCAACGGCGAAUGGAUCAGUUAUCGCGAGGUUUGUAUCCCACAGGACCAGACUUGCCCUUGCGGCACGAACACCCUGCGCUGCCCUGGUGAAGAUAUUUGCUUGCCUGCGUCGCAAGCGUCGGUGGUUUGCCCAUGCAAAGAGUCGCAGAAGCAAUGCGACGUCAUGGACUACACCAGCACAGGCACCUUGAGUGGCAUGAACACCGUUUGUGUAGCCAUGAACACCAAGUGCCCCUGCGGAAAGAACACGCUCACGUGCUCCGAUCCCAAUGAUGCAGAAGACAACCUUUGCGAACCCAAAUAUGCUGGCAGCGUACUGAACAAAUGCCCCAAGCCAUGCACCCCAGACGAUGAAGCGCAAGGCAACAAGACCUGCGUUCAGACUCAUCUCUCGAGCACUGGCGAUUUCCUCUCAGAGACGAUCAGCUGCACCAAGGAAUGCCCGCCAGGCAGGAACAUGAAGAAGUGUGCCUCCGGUGCAGUGGUGCCGGCGUGGAAACAAUGCCAGGACUUCUACAAGCAGAGUGGCAACGCCACGGAAGUGGUGUCCGCCGGUGAGAAGCAGACAUCCAAAGUGAUUCUGACUCUUGACUCGGUGUCCUCAACGGCACUGAGCAACUCCGAGAAUGUGCGUGUGAUGGUGAACGCCGAACUCUACCUGCCUCAGUCGAUCUCCUCUUCCAUCACGGUGAAACAGUCGGGCACUGCCCGACGCCUCACCCAGCACAUGGGACGCAUGGGUCGCUACCUGGCCGCGGCACGGCGAAUGAACACCGGAGGAGCCGUGGAGUUGGGCUUUGAAACCAACGGAGCCUCAUCGGUGGGGUCCGACCAAGUGGCGCAGCAAGCGAAGAAGAUGGUCACCCGCCAGAGCCCGGGCAUGAAAUCCGCCUUGGACAACUUGGGCAGCGUGAACGUCAAGGCCGGCGUGGCCACGGCGACGACCACCAGCAAGGUCAAAACGCGAUCGCAAGCGGUGCAGGAGAAGAACCUGGCCAUCUUGGGCGUCACCACGACCACCACGACAACGACCACUACGACGACCACCACGACCACGACGACGACGACGAUGGCGAACACCACACAGGCUCCCGGAACUACGCUGAAAGACGGCAUGAGCAGUGCGGGUGGCAUGAGGCUUUCUGCCUGGAUCUUCACUGCCACUUUGCUGGUCCUGCACCCGGUCAUGUUCUGA